AUGGCGCCGCGCCGGGCAGCAGCGGCGCUCCCCUCUGCCGCCCUCCUCCUUCUGUCGCUGCUGCUGGCGGUGGCGAGCGCGGGGUUGAGCGGCUACUUCGGCACCAAGUCCCGCUACGAGGAGGUGAACCCCCACCUCCUGCGGGACCCGCUGUCGCUGGGUCCCGCCGCGGCCGGGUCGCGGCUGCCCGCCGCCUGCGCGCCGCUGCAGCUCCGCGCCCUGCUCCGCCACGGCACCCGCUACCCCACGGCCGGGCAGAUCCGCCGCCUGGGCGAGCUGCACGCCCGCCUCCUCCGCCUCCCCGCCGCCGCCGUAGCAUCCUGCCCCGUCGCCGCCGACCUGGCCGCCUGGCAGAUGUGGUAUGAGGAGAGCCUCGACGGGCGGCUGGCGCCGCAGGGCCGGCGCGACAUGGAGCACCUGGCUCGCCGCUUGGCCGCCCGCUUUCCCGCCCUCUUCGCCGCCCGCCGCCGCCUGGUGCUGGCCAGCAGCUCCAAGCACCGCUGCCUGCAGAGCGGCGCCGCCUUCCGCCGCGGGCUCGGGCCUUCCCUCAGCCUCGGCAGCGACGAGGUGGAAGUUGAAGUUAACGAUUCCUUGAUGCGGUUUUUCGAUCACUGCGCCAAGUUUGUUGCCUUGGUGGAAGAGAAUGAUGUGGCGAUGUGCCAGGUGAAUGCCUUCAAAGAGGGGCCGGAGAUGAAGAAGGUCUUGGAGAAGGUCGCGAGUGCCUUGUGUUUGCCAGUGGAGGAGUUGAACGCAGAUCUUGUUCAAGUGGCUUUUCUCACCUGCUCAUACGAGUUGGCUAUAAAAAAUGUGACCUCCCCAUGGUGUUCACUCUUCAGUGAAGAAGAUGCCAAGGUACUGGAAUACCUGAAUGACCUGAAGCAAUACUGGAAGAGAGGAUAUGGCUAUGACAUCAAUAGUCGCUCCAGCUGCAUUUUAUUCCAAGAUAUCUUCCAGCAUUUGGACAAAGCAGUGGAAGAGAGCAAAAGUUCAAAACCUGUUUCUUCACCUUUGAUUGUACAAGUUGGACAUGCAGAGACACUUCAGCCACUGCUUGCCCUUAUGGGUUUCUUCAAAGAUGACGAGCCUCUCAAGGCAAACAAUUACAUCAGACAAACGGAUCGGAAAUUUCGCAGUGGCCGGAUUGUGCCUUAUGCAGCCAACCUGGUAUUUGUGCUUUACCACUGUGAUCAAGUGAAAACCUCUAAAGAAGAGUAUCAAGUGCAGAUGCUGUUGAAUGAAAAACUGAUGGUGUUUCAUCACUCGAAUGAAACCAUCUCUACUUAUGCGGACCUCAAGGACUAUUACAAGGACAUCCUGGAAAACUGCCACUUCAAAGAAGAAUGUGAAUUACCAAAAGUUAAUAUGACUGCUAUUGAUGAACUUUGAGGGAAUGAGAUGGAGUGGGUGUUCUGCAAAUUGACCUUGGUUCCGUUCGACAGGCGUUGUGAACAAGCACUUUUGAUGAUUUGCUGCUGCUGUGUUGACUUUCUAAACUUGCAGAGUGAUGGGUUGUCUCAGUUAGCUCAAUGCACUGUUUAUUUAUUACAUAAGCAGAAUUACAAAAACAAAUGCUGUAACAGGGAUGUUUCUGAGCAUUUGUAACAAAUAUGUGAUGCAAGAUGAAGCGUACCUGUAUGUUUAUACGUACGAAUAAGUAAUUUCAUUGGUCAUUCCUCUUACGAAUGUGCUGUAGCUGGAUUUAAGAGCUGGGGCAACUUUUGCCAGAGCUGAAGGUGG